GGGCAAGCCUGCCACUGGAGCGGAUUUGGGCUCCCGUUGCCUCUGUGUUCUCAUCUGUGCGUUGCAGGCAAAGGAGGCAUCAUCCUUGAAUCUCCUGAAAUCUUCUCCUGUCCACCAUGAACACAUCUCACUUCUUGGCCUUGCUGUUCCUAGGAUCCCCGCAGGGUCAAAACAGGAGCAAGUCAGCUUCUCUGUACACUCCAUACAACUUCUCUGACCACUGCCAGGAUUCUAUAGAUCCCAUGGUCUUUAUUGUCACCUCCUACAGCAUCGAGACCAUUGUGGGGGUCCUGGGAAACCUCUCCCUGAUAUGUGUGACUAUUAGGCAGAAGGAGAAGGCCAAUGUGACCAACCUGCUUAUUGCCAACCUGGCCUUCUCUGACUUUCUCAUGUGCCUCAUCUGCCAGCCACUCACGGCUGUCUACACCAUCAUGGACUACUGGGUCUUUGGCGAGGUCCUUUGCAAGAUAUCUACCUUUAUCCAGUGUAUGUCAGUGACAGUCUCCAUCCUCUCACUUGUCCUUGUGGCUCUGGAGAGGCAUCAGCUCAUCAUCAAUCCAACAGGCUGGAAACCCAGUGUCACCCAAGCCUACCUGGGGAUUGUGGUCAUCUGGCUCAUUGCUGGCUUCCUCUCCCUGCCAUUCCUGGCCAACAGCAUCCUAGAGAAUGUCUUUCAUAAAAACCACUCCAAGGCUGUGGAGUUUCUGGCAGAUAAAGUGGUCUGUACCGAGUCUUGGCCACUGGACCAUCACCGCAUCAUCUACACCACCUUUCUUCUGCUCUUCCAGUAUUGCAUUCCACUGGCCUUCAUCCUGGUCUGCUAUGUCCGCAUCUACCAGCGCCUGAGGAAUCAGGGGCGGGUAUUCCGCAAGGGCACCUAUAGCUCGCGGACUUGGCAGAUGAAGCGGAUCAAUGGGAUCCUUGUGGCAAUGGUGGCUGCCUUUGCUGUGCUUUGGCUGCCCCUGCAUGUGUUCAAUAGCCUGGAAGACUGGUACCAUGAGGCCAUCCCCAUUUGUCAUGGCAACCUCAUCUUCUUGGUGUGCCACCUGCUUGCCAUGGCCUCCACCUGUGUCAACCCUUUCAUCUAUGGCUUUCUCAAUACCAACUUCAAGAAGGAGAUCAAGGCCCUGGUGCUGACUUGCCAGCAGAGUGUCCCCGUGGAAGAGUCUGAGCAUCUGCCUCUAUCCACAGUGCACACGGAAGUCUCCAAAGGGUCUCUGAGGCUCAGUGGCAGGUCCAACCCAAUCUAGCCAGAGAAUCAAGGACUGCUUCAAGGUCAAACUUCUUGACUAGAAGAUGGGAGUUGUUGCUGUGACUAACUGCUUUGUAGGGAUACAGUGAUGCCUGAGAAAAUCCUGAAAAGACCUGCAAGUUCUUCAAAGAAGAAAUUUUUGCUUCCUACACCCUGUUGAGAGACGGUCUGGCAGUGGAGGAGUGAGCACAGCUGUCAUUUCUGCCUUAAAGUGGGUCAUGCUAACUUGGAUAGACAUUCUUCAGUGACAAGGUCCUUGGCCUGGCCUGCAAGGGUGAUAAGACUUACCCAGAGUGUCUCUUUAAGGUUCUGAUACACCUCACAAUGGCUACAAAUAUGUGGACAUAGAUAAGACUGGGGCUUCUGGGUUCUGAGAAUACACUGGGAAAGGAUUUGCAGAGCAUAUUCAGAAGCCUCCUUUGCUGAGAACAGCCAGGAACUUCCUACUUCGGGCAGCUGAGAAGGCUUCUGCAGGGUGAACUUGCCAACAAACCCUCAAACAGGAGGGUGCUUAUGAAUGGGGCUGUGUAAUCAUGGCCCUUGAGGUUUCUAGUUGUUUGAAUGUCACCCUUUAUUUGAAACUGAUUCUUGUCAGAUUUUGAAAACAGUUUGUCGGUGCAAUUGUGUACCAGUAUGGAGCUCUCUUAAAGUACAUUUCCUUUCAUUCAUGAAGCUAUUAAUGGGCUUUCAAUUAGUCGCUCAAUCAACUGCCAAGGAAACCACACUGAAAAUAGGGCAUGUAUUCAGAACAAAGAACUUCAACUCACUGCGAUAGUCAUAUCUCCUUUACAGGUAGCAUGCUUUGUGAUGGCCAGCAACCUGUUGCCACCUUGUAAAUGUCAUUUGCAGCCCCUGACUUUAAGGUGUGGGGGUGGAUCUACAAAGGAUUUCUUAAGGAGAGACCUCCUUUUCAUACCUUUACUUUUAAAGGCCCACAUGCCUGAAGCAAGUGGGAGACUUGUGCAGUAUCUGGGCAGGUGUGAGCAUCAACCUUUUUCCUGAGCCCCAGGGCACUGUCAGGGUGUGCUGCCAAUUGGCAGUGGGGCCUCAGUCAUAUCGAGGUGGCAGGAAUACUGAGGUUCUCAUCAGAAUAUUUAACUAUUCAGAGGAGAUGGCAGGUGUCACCUUUCAUCCAGUAUGUAGAUUUGAAACAGUUAAAGGUCACUUGAUUUAUAUAAGAUAGAGGGUGUUUCAGUAUCUGUGAGAUCUGGAAUCUAUGGCUAUGGGCAGGGCAGAAGGGCCUGGAGCCUGAGUUCUGGGGUGUAUGCAGCUGCUGACCUUUAUCCUGAUUCACUGACACCUUCUCUGCAGAUGGCAUGACUGAGCACCCUCCAGGUUGGGCAGGUAUGAAAACAACUAAUGGUGAAAGUAAUCAUAGAGUUCAGGAGAAGGAGCCAGAUGUUCUCCAUGAGGGCAUUUGGGGUAAUGUGUCUGCGAGUUUACAGGGCCAGCAGGAUGGGAAAAGGCUCACGUCAUUGGGAGCCAUGGUGGGAAGUAGCAGAUCCAGUGCAUUUGGAGUUGGGGCGCUGAGGGUAAGCCUGGACAGAAAGGUGAGAUCUGGUGUAGGAAGCCUCACAUCUCAGGCUGAGCAGUUUGACUCUAUCAUGCUGGCGAGGGAAGAUGCUAAGUGGCCUUGGCAGAGGGUGCUGUGGUUAAGUUUAAGAUUAGAAAAGCUGCCUUUGACAGGUAAAAGGAACUGGGGAAGUGAGAUCCAAUGUACUCAGCUGAUUCUUAGUUUAACUAUUCUCUGUAGGCUGGCUUCAGAGACGCUGGUCUCCUGCAGAGCUCCAAGGAAGCUGGCUCCAUUUGAAUGCCGAAGAUGCUCAAUCUUAGCAGAUCACUGCCAUGUCAUAGGCUGGAACGCCAACCCUGGGCUGCUCCCCAACUCUGAAUGCUAAGCUGGAAGAGUAGGGCAGAUAACCAGAGUUCUACCAAGCCAGGAGAGGUGUUGGUGUUUCUCUAAUCAUAAAAGCCCAAGGCUGGGGUCCCUCUGCUGGAGUCCAACACCAGCCCAGCUAGAUCCCCAUGCUCAGCUCUGGAAUAGGUCCACAGGCUGUUCUGGAGCUUAUCUCUACGGCUUUACUUCACUGACCCCUGCUCCAGCAGGCAGUGUGUAGGCCACCAGGUACCUUUUCCUUGUUUGCUCAGGAGUUUGGGGCCCUAAUGCUAUGUCCACAGCCUUUUGAUUCAGCUGGCUAAAGGGAGGCCCCUCUCACUCGCAAGCACAGAGUCCUGAUGAAUGAGGGGACUUGGAGGACGAUGGGGACGUGCAGGACACCUUGAUGAUGGGCAUUUACUGCUGUGCCCACCCACCUCCUCCUCAGCCUCCCUGCCACUGUCCAGGUCUCCUUCCCUGGACAUUAUGUGGGCCCACCCUCCAGCCCAGAAGUUAGGAGGGCUCUGUGUUCAGUUAAAUCUGAGCCCACCAGGGUAUGGUUUGUUGUCCAGAAGGGGUGACUGAAUGUCAAAGAAGCCUUGUCAUGUCAUGGUAGCCGUCUUUGCAUUGUUCAAUGGAUUCUGUGUCACUCACUCAUUGAGCAAGUUUUGGAAAUUGUUAACUCUGAGUCUUAUUUCCGUAUCAGUCAAAUGGAGGUGGGAAUUGGAUUAGAAUAUAUUCAGGAGUCUGUGCUCUUUUAGGAGAGUCCAUGAUUUCUUUAUCUUUGUAAGAAACAGAGUAAUUUUAUUUUAUAACCCUCCCAUCUUUUCAUAGAA